GGAGCUUCAGUCUGAUGAUUGGCCUCCCGUGCGCGGCAUAUUCCAUGCAGCAGGAGUGACUGACGACAAGGCCCUCGCAGAGCAAGACAAGGCAUCAAUUGAGAAGGUUUAUGGCGCGAAGGUGGUGGGUGCUUGGAAUUUGCAUGAGGUGUGCGAUGAGUUGGACUUGAACAAGGACCUCGAAAUUUUCUUGAUGUUCUCUUCCGUUACAGCCAUCCUAGGUAACUUUGGUCAGGCGAACUACGCAGCGGCCAACUCGUGCCUCGACUCCCUUGCAUCGUGGCGUCGAUCCAUAGGAUUGUGUGGACAGAGUAUCCAGUGGGGUCCAUGGAUCGAGCAAGGCAUGGCCGCUGGGCUUAAGCCUCUUUUGGAGAAAGCAGGUAUGAGGGGAAUCACUGACGAAAUAGGCACCAGGGUUCUCCAAGACGUUAUGCGGAGUGGAGACCGUUAUGGUGUCUUGAUGUGCCAAUCCUUCAGAUGGCGCAACUUCCUCAUGAGGUACGAUAGAGUCCCCGCGUUGCUUAAAAACGCCACUCGCGACUUCCAGGUGACUCCGACUUCUCUCCCCAUUUUAAGUUCAAUGAAUUCUCAGGACAGGCAUGCCUUUGUGGAGAAGAAGGUUAUCGAGCUGGUCAUGACGUCUCUGGGGCUUACUACGCCUCCGGCGAUGGAUCAGCCUCUGCAAGAAUUGGGCAUCGAUUCCAUUGGCGCAGUGGAGCUUAGAAAUUCUCUAUCAAGCACUCUUGGGAUCAAACUACCAGCCACUGCUAUGUUUGACUACCCAACUGUGGGAGCAAUGAUCGGUUACGUCAACAAGACCAUAGCUGAGCAGUUUUCAGGCCAUAAUCUUGGGGGCUUGUCAAGCGGUUUCGGAAAGGUUUCGAAAACAGAAAGGAGGGUGGGCGCAAUUGCAAUUGUUGGAGCGGCCUGCCACAUGCCGGGUGGUUCCACGACUACAGCGCGUUUCUGGGAAAUGCUGCAGGCAGGAACAGACUGCAUGGAUGAAAUUCCGCUUGACAGGUGGAACAUGUUUGCCUUUUACAAUCGCGAUCCUGACCACCCUGAUACGACCUAUGCAAAGCUUGGUGCUAUGGUUGGGCAGCCUUUCCACUUCGACAAUUCGUUAUUUAACAUUAGCAAUAUCGAGGCACAAGUGAUGGAUCCCCAACAGCGUCUCAUGAUGGAAGUUGCAUAUGAUGCUGUUUGGUCUGCUGGCUUCGAGAAAACUGACUUAGUUGACCAGGAAAUUGGCUGCUUCGUUGGUUGCUGUAAUUCCGAUUGGCACAUGCUUGAACUUCCCUCCGGCUCUUUCACAGGUACUGGUGGAGCCCCCUCAAUAAUCUCGAACAGAGUAUCGUACGUCUUUGGCCUAAAAGGACCCUCACUUACAGUUGACACUGCGUGCUCUUCGUCCCUCGUGGCUUUGGACGGCGCAGCUACAAAGAUCUCUGAAGGCAUUUGCACAGGCGCUCUGGUUGGAGGCGUCAACAUAAUGUUGUCUCCAAACCUAUUUAUUUGCUUUGCAAAAGCCCGCAUGAUUUCCCCAGACUGCCGCUGUCGCUCAUUUGAUCAGCGAGCUAAUGGAUACGCACGAGGUGAAGGUGUUGGUAUGAUCUUCCUGCGCCCUCUCGAAGACGCCUUGAAGGAUGGAAAUCCAGUUUUUGCCACCCUCAGAGGUUCUGCUGUGAACCACGGAGGGAGGAGUGCAAGCCUGACUGCGCCUAGUGGUCCUGCCCAGCAAGCUGUCAUACUAUCAUGUCUGGGGCAGGCAGGGGUUCAGCCCCAUGAAGUGACAAUCCUGGAGGCCCACGGGACAGGUACUCCACUUGGAGAUCCAAUCGAGAUGGGUGCCGUUCGUGCAGUCUAUGGACUGGGAAGGACUGCUGAAACUCCACUGUUUAUUGGAGCUCUCAAAAGCAAUAUUGGGCAUUUGGAGGGUGCUGCAGGAAUAGCAGGUCUAAUAAAGCUUAUGCUAUGCCUUCGGCACCGCGAGAUCCCUCCAAACCUUCACUUUGAGAAACUCAAUUCAUAUAUUGAGCUUGACGACAUGCCGGUAGUUUUCCCGAAGUCUUCGAUGGGUCUCUCAGGCAGCGCAAAGUUGCUUGGCGCUGUGAGCUCUUUCGGAUUUGGCGGUGCCAAUGCACACGCGGUGCUCGAGGAGUACGUUCAACUGGAGACGACUGCAAGGCGGAGAGAGCCAAUAGCCUGGUCGCGUAAGUGCUUCAAUACCCGCCACGUCUUGCACCCUCAUCUCGCUAGGGUCCAAGAAACGGACAGCGGCGAUAUCAUCUACGAAGGAGAAGUUAGGAGGGAGCACUACGAGAUCAUGGCACAACAUAAGCUUCACGAACGCCCUGUGAUGCCGGGAGCCUUGUACUUGGAGACUAUGGCUGCGGCAGUUAGCUGCAAGCGGUCCAAGCCCUCCGGAUGUAUCUGCCCAGUUGAGGUAGACCACUCUAGGAUCGUAGUGCUGGAAGAAGUAGAAUUCCAGCGUCCCAUGCUCCUGGAAAAGCCGGUCACGGAGGGCCUGCAUGAUACCCAACGACUUUUCGUUACCGUAGCCCCCGGAGGCCAAGUAACUCUUUCGAGCUCUAAAGGGGAAGACGACGAAACGUUUGUUCACGUAUCCUGCCGCUACAUGAAGGAAGAGCAGCAAGAGAUAGACAGGAGGUCAUCUGCUGAGCUGCUAAAAAUUUUUGAAGGAGACAAGAAUCGCCAGGCUGUUGAUGUGGACCAAAUGUAUCAGCUUAUUAAAGACAAUGGGUUAGUCCUUGGUCCAAAGUUCCGUGUAGUCAAGUCCAUCGAAUGCGGGCCUUCGAGCGCCAAAUUGCGCCUCGAGCUACCGGGCCCCAUCGCCGCUGGAGAAACUGGCUACCGUUUCCAUCCAUGUGUCCUUGAUGGAACCUUUCAAACCGUGGGGGCGUUGGUGCGGUCACAUGACCUUGCAGCAGCCAAGAGAGAUUCGCUUCAACCUCGUCCUUUCCGGCUCAUGAUUCCUUUCAUGGCUCAGCGAGUAGCCAUGGGAUCCAUGAACGGCGUGCAUAAAGCUCUCCUUGCUCACGUCGCUCUCGUGAAACGCGAUGCAAGCCAAGCAGUGAUGGACAUCGAAAUUAUGACUGAAGAUGGGGAGUGGGUUUCUACUAUUACCCACUUUACAAUGAGAGCGGUGGACCCCGUCCCAGCAGCCGAAGUUCCUCGAGAAUUACUCUGGCGAUCGCAGUGGCAAAAGUUUAGGACUCUGCAGAAUAUCCCUGAGGAUGCCAAAUUUGAGAUUGUCUUGGUCGACUUCCGGGAGCAAAAAGACACAACCUUUACUCACCUCGAAGAGAUUGUGAAGCCCUUCAAGUUCAGCCUCGUGAGCAGUCCGGGUGUGGACGACCUUAUGCCAAUGCUCGUCAAUGCGCCGGAAGCUUCCAAGGAGGUUCCAAAACUUAUUGUGGUUGCGGCAACUACGGACGCAGCAAGUGACACUUCCGUGGUUGUUGGCCUUACGACUCUCUGCAAAGCAGCCCGUCGGGCCAUAAUGUCUGACAAGACGGCGAAGCUUAGACCCAUAUGGGUUGUAACGAAGGGCUUGUUCACGGACGGGCACCGUGGCGGCUGCUCCCAAGCAGGAGUUUGGGGUUUUGCACGCGCUGUGCGCUUAGAAACAGCAGCUCAGUUGGGUAGGCUGAUUCCACUGGGAUGCGUAGAUAUAGCCGACACAACCAACUUACCUCAGACUUUGUAUGCAUUGGCUACACUUCAAGAAACGCAGCCCUAUGAGCCGGAACUGAUUGUUUGCUCCAAGCUGGCUCAAGGAAUGGCUGAUGAAGACGUACCCCUUGACAACGGGAAUGAAACGCAAGCAGAACCGCAAGCUGAAGAGCCCUCUAUUUUUGUUCAUCGGCUUGCAAAGUGGAAGAAGGGUGUUCGCGGGCCUGUUGAACUUCAUCUUCCUGACAGAGGAGCCAUAGCUAGCCUUGUCCUGAGGGCACAGGCAGUCAGCCACAGGAGACAACCGAAAGGAAACAUGGUAGAGGUCAGAGUGCGUGCCAUUGGCCUGAAUUUCCGCGAUGUCCUGAACGUAAUGGGACUUUAUCCCGGAGAUCCUGGACCUCCCGGGUCCGACUGCGCAGGAACAGUAGUAGCAGUGGGUCCAGAAGUGAAGCGCUUGAAGCUCGGUGAUACUGUAUUUGGCAUUGUUCCUGGAUGUCUAAGGACUUUCGCAGUUACGAGCGAAGAUUUGCUGUGGAAACUCCCCGAAGGCUUGUCUUUUGCAGAAGGUGCCACUCUUCCAGUUGUGGCAACCACUGUUCAGCAUGCACUUGGGGACCUUGCCAGAGUGAAGGCAGGCGACAAGGUUCUAAUCCAUGCAGUUUCGGGAGGGGUCGGUCUUGUUGCUAUUCAGCAUUGCAAGCGCGUCGGAGCUAUUGUGUAUGGUACUUGCGGAAGUGAAGCUAAGACCAAGUAUGUGAAAGAGUUGGGUGUGCAGUUUGUGACAUCAAGUCGGAAACCAGACAUAUUUAUCAAGGAUAUGCAAAAAUACCUUGGCAACAAUGGAAAAGUGGACGUUGUGCUCAAUUCCCUACUAGACCCCUUCAUUUCGGCUUCGCUUUCGUUCCUGUCGGAAAAUGGCAUUUUUAUUGAGCUGGGGAAAAGGGGCAUUUGGACUCACGAACAAAUGAAAGCGGCACGGCCCGAUGUCCAAUAUGAGACUGUCGCAGUAGAUCUUAUGAUUGAAGACAAUCCUCGCUGGUUUGCCCUUCAGCUGCAUCGUAUGACUCAGCGACUGGAAACUGGAGACUUAAGUCCCAUUCCAGCAACGGUUUUCGAUAUGACCGAUCAACAAGACGGAGGUGUUGCGGCGUUCCGUUUCCUCCAGAAGGCACAACACGUUGGCAAAGUGGUCCUCACGAUCCCCAGCGCACUUUCACCAAAGGCGCAUACGGCGCUUCUACAAAAGUCCUAUGUAAUCACAGGUGGCCACGGAGCCCUUGGACUUGUUGUGUGCAAGAUGCUCGUAGAGGAAGGUGCACGGCACAUUGCACUACUUUCGAGAUCUGGCGAGCCGUCAGCGGAACUUAGGGAGGGAGAUAUUUGGCAGUAUCUGUUGAGCACGCCACCCAAUAUCCAUGUAGUAAACAUCAAGUGCGACGUGAGCAAGAGGGAAGACGUGCUUAGAGCAUUUAAGGAGCUUCAGUCUGAUGAUUGGCCUCCCGUGCGCGGCAUAUUCCAUGCAGCAGGAGUGACUGACGACAAGGCCCUCGCAGAGCAAGACAAGGCAUCAAUUGAGAAGGUUUAUGGCGCGAAGGUGGUGGGUGCUUGGAAUUUGCAUGAGGUGUGCGAUGAGUU